AUGAUAACAGCUGUAAUCACCGGUGUCAUUAUGAUCAUUAUCUCCUUAAGCGUAGACAGACAUGGCUGCUCUAACCGCAGCUACAGAUGCAAACAAGCAGUUUUCUUUCUCAAAGUAACGAUGCUGAACUCUGUGGGACUGAGCUGUGUGCUGCUGCUGCUCUCAGCUGUGGGAGCAGCAGUCUUGGAGAGUCCGCCGUAUGACUACUACAGAUAUCAUCCGAUGUCGGAGAUCUCUGACUGGAUGGUUCAGAUGCAGAAGGAGUACCCCGGUGUUGCCAGCAUCGUCAACUACGGAAAGACCUAUGAAGGCAGGGCGAUUAAUUUACUCAAGAUUGGCCUGAGUACCGAAGGGAAGAAGAAAGCUAUCUGGAUGGACUGUGGGAUCCAUGCCAGGGAGUGGAUCGCCCCAGCGUUCUGUCAGUACUUCGUCAACCAGAUUCUGCAAACGUACAAAACAGACCCAAAGAUGGAAAAGAUGAUGACGGACAUGGACUUCUACGUCACACCGGUCCUCAACGUCGAUGGCUACAUCUACUCAUGGAAGGAUCAAACAACUCGACUGUGGAGGAAGAACAGGUCACCGGGACCCGCAGGAUGUGAUUGUUACGGCACCGAUCUCAAUCGCAACUUCAAUGCCAACUGGGGCACGGUCGGCGUAUCAUUUGACUGCUGCAGCUUAACCUACUGCGGGAGCAAAGCAGAGUCUGAGCCCGAGGCUCAAGCUGUAGCUAAUUUUCUACAAAGCCGAAAGGACGACUUCCUGUGUUUCCUCACCAUCCACUCCUACGGCCAGCUGCUCCUGAUUCCCUAUGGACACCCCAACUUCACCGCCGCCAACUACGAUGAGCUGAUGGACGUGGGUUUGGGUGCAGCAGAGGCCAUUGAGAAGAUCCAUGGGAUGCACUACAAAGUAGGAACUUCACCGGCCAUAUUAUACGCCAACUCUGGUUCUUCCAGAGACUGGGCUCGGAUGCAGGGGAUCCCGUUUUCCUUCACCUUCGAGCUCAGAGAUAACGGCACAUUCGGCUUCGAGCUUCCUGAAAAUCAGAUCCAGCCGACCUGCGAGGAGGCGUACAGCGGCGCUCUGCACAUCAUCACCUACGCCCAUGACAAGACCUUUAACGGGGCCGUGCUCACUGCCGCCGCCACCCUCUGGACCGUGCUGCUGGCGGUGGGCGUCACCGGAGCCAACCUGGUCUGAGGUGGAGAGCUGCUCCUCAAUAAAUGGCACUGAUAUAUAUAUUUCGUUAACUUAAAUGUAUCUAUUGAAUAAACACGUCUGACAUACAAACUCUUUCAAAGUGUAUUUGAAUGUACUGAAAUGUUUACAUCUGUAAAGAGAUCCAUAAAUGUAGUAUUACAACCAGUAAUUGUUGCAUUGAAGUAAGACAAGUUGUUUUAUCUUUGAAUAUUACACCAAAUGCAUUUAUGUUUGUUAACACUGCUGAAGUCGAUAUGUUUACGCCGUCAUUCAUUUGUUCAAGUCUGAAGAAAAUCACAGCUGACAAUCUUAAUGUUUUGAAUUCCCCAAAUAAAUAAAUAAAAACCAUAAUUUU